AUGGCCGAGUUUGUGCGUGCGCAGAUCUUUGGUACCACGUUCGAGAUCACCUCAAGGUACUCGGACCUCCAGCCCGUGGGCAUGGGAGCGUUUGGUCUUGUCUGCUCUGCGCGAGACCAGCUCACCAACCAGAAUGUCGCCGUCAAGAAGAUCAUGAAGCCCUUUAGCACGCCUGUGCUCGCUAAGCGGACGUACCGCGAGCUGAAGCUGCUCAAGCAUCUCCGACACGAAAAUGUCAUCUCUCUCAGCGAUAUCUUCAUCUCUCCCCUCGAGGACAUCUAUUUCGUCACAGAGCUUCUUGGCACCGAUCUGCACCGGUUAUUAACCUCCCGACCGCUCGAGAAACAAUUCAUCCAGUACUUCCUCUAUCAGAUCAUGCGAGGCCUGAAAUAUGUCCACUCGGCCGGUGUCGUCCACCGUGAUCUCAAGCCCAGCAACAUCCUCGUCAACGAAAACUGCGAUUUGAAGAUUUGCGACUUUGGUCUGGCUCGAAUCCAGGACCCGCAGAUGACGGGCUAUGUGUCAACACGAUACUACCGCGCCCCGGAAAUCAUGCUCACAUGGCAAAAGUACGACGUUGAGGUCGAUAUCUGGAGCGCUGGGUGCAUCUUUGCCGAGAUGCUCGAGGGCAAGCCCCUGUUCCCGGGCAAGGACCACGUGAACCAGUUUUCCAUCAUCACCGAGCUGCUUGGUACUCCUCCGGACGAUGUCAUCAACACUAUUGCUAGCGAGAAUACGUUGCGUUUCGUCAAGUCACUACCUAAGCGAGAACGACAGCCACUUCGAAACAAGUUUAAGAAUGCAGACGAUUCAGCCAUUGACCUUUUGGAGCGAAUGCUUGUUUUCGACCCCAAGAAGCGAGUAACAGCCACCCAGGCUCUGGCCCACGAGUACCUCCAGCCGUAUCACGAUCCCACCGAUGAGCCUGUUGCCGAUGAGAAGUUUGACUGGAGUUUUAAUGAUGCCGACCUCCCCGUUGACACUUGGAAGAUUAUGAUGUACUCGGAGAUUCUUGACUACCACAACGUCGAGGGCGCGCCCAACAUGGAGGAGCAAUUCCCCACACAAUAG